AUGGCAGGGACCGCCAAGAUCCCAGACUAUCUGAUCCAGGAGGCAAGAUCGCUAGUGUCUACACAGUGCAGGGAAAUCUGCAUGGCCGACAAAGCAGAUGGAAAGGAUCUUGAGGGCCAAAAAGAGUUGAUGGGAAAAUGCUUCCACGGAUCGGCUGGAUACGGUUCUUGCUUAACAAAUUUGAUUGAAGGAAAGGGCGACUAUGCCUCCAUGUUUGACCGGACGGCAAUUGAGAACAAUCGAGAAGGCAAUGAGCAGAGGAAAGAUGGCUAUGCCCUAAUCUUGAAAGAUCUAGUGUCUUGCGAUGAGGCUACCACAUUCUGUGUCCACUCUAGAGGCUUCACGCGUGAGGCACUAGCCAAAACAAAAGGCGAGAUUAUCCUGGGAAGAAAUGUAUAUGAUCGAGGCAACAGGUGCAUUGCCAACUACAAGACAGCCCUCAAGUAUCACGAUGAAUUUUGUCCGAAGUCUUCUCCAGACCCAUAUCCAUCUGGUAAGGGCCUGGAAGACAUGUUGCUCUAUGUGCGACAGAAGAUGUAUGUGUUGCUGAAGGGUGCGAAGAACAAGGAUGGAGCAAGACGAGUUAAGAAAGAUGCAAACACUUUCAAAGACAACAAGAUGCCAGAGAAGUACAUGUUCGAAGGGUACAUGGUAUUUGUUCUAUGGGGCCCGAAAGCUCUCUGUGGAAGGACACUUAGCUGUCUAUCAGAAGAUGGAAAGAAGGUUGAGAAAGUAGGUCGGGCAGCCAUUAGAGAACAAGAACUGAAGACCAAAAAACUCAAACGUGCAAGCAACGAAGGAGGCACUGGCCCAUUCAAUCGCGGACUUGCUGUUAAAGACAAGUUCGCUUGUGCCACACUGGCCAUAUCGGAAUACAAAACGGCCACAAGGAACAUGAGAGACCUUCUCUAUCACAACAAUCUGUCUGAGACCAACUGUCUUACGCAAAUGGGCCAUUUGAACAACAUGAUCGACAGGGCCGAGAGGAGAAAUAACACAAGAGAAAUUGCCCAUUUGGAGAAGAGAAAGGAUGAUCUUUUCAACAAGCUGGAUGCCUUGAGCAAACGAAAGGCAGAAUUAGAGGAGGAAAGCGAUCGACUUUUCAAGAAAGCAAAGCUUCCCCAAACCCAGGCAUUGUACGAAUCCAUGGGUAUCUUUGCUGUGCCGAAAGAUGUUGAUGUAGCCACCAAGCCCACUGUGGACGAAGAAUCCACCAUCACCAACAAAACGCCAAGCAAAAUUCCUGCUAGGAAACAACAACUGUCCAAGCUGCCAUUGCACUGCUCCCAGCUUUCGCAAGAAGAUAGUACUGAUGAUGUCGACGGCACUGCUAUUCACGAGGAAGAGGAAGAAGAAGAGGAGGAUGAAGUUGUAUUUGUUCAGCCUCGUGCAGAGAAGGAAAUUGGAUUCGGUGAGGACCCUCCUCCCUUAUUCACCGGUUUUGCUGCCAGGCUUCCACCAGAAGCUCAAGCAGUUCUUUUGCGUUUGAGGGAAAAAGAAGCUGCUGGUAUUCCAAUCGGCGACCCUUCUUUUUAUGAGCAGCAAGCCCUUGUCGCACGUACAGAAGUGGAGCAUGGUAGAGGUGGUACCGGCCCAGUCGAUUUCCAGAAUGGCGGUGUCUAUUAUGCGAACAAAGCCCAAGCAGAUGACCUUAACGCUGCCACUGCCGCAAAGUAUUACAUGCAGGAAGAAGAUGGAUAA